CUGCUCCCGCCAUUGGUAACCGCUAAAACUACCCGUCCCCUCCCUGCCACACUUCACUGCCGCGGCGGCCAUCCAUGGCCGCCUCCACUCUCCUCCGCCUCCUCUCCCCGUCAGCGCCAAGCCUGCAUGAUCCAAGCCCUAGGAUCCACCCUUCACUCCUCGCGUGCCCGACGCGCCGGCGUCGAUUCCUGGCCGCCCGCUGCUCGUCAUCGUCGCCACUGCUGCCGCCAUCGCCGCCGCUCGAGUUCCCCCUCCUCCCAUUCCAGCCCGCGGAGGUGUUGAUUCCGUCUGAAUGCAAGACUCUGCACUUGUAUGAAGCAAGGUAUCUAGCAUUGCUAGAAGAGGCAUUGUAUAAGAGGCAAAAUUCCCUUGUACACUUUGUCCUUGAUCCAGUUUUAUCAAGCUCUUCUAAGGAUUCCUUUGCUGUAAGAUAUGGCUGUUUGGUGCGGAUAGAAAGUGUUCAAAAGAUGGAUUUUGGAGCAUUAGUGUCAAUUAGAGGUGUAUGCCGAGUGAACAUCAAGAACCUUCUUCAGAUGGAGCCCUACUUGCGAGGUGAUGUUUCUCCCAUGAUGGACAAGUCUUCGGAUGACAUCGAUUUGGACCUGAGAAUUUCCAAACUAAGGGAGUCCAUGUGCAAUUUGCACAGCCUACAAAUGAAGCUGAGGGUGCCCGAGGAUGAACCGCUGCAAACAAACAUCAAAAGUUCUCUACUUUGGUCUGAGAAAGAUAUUUUCGAAGAGUACGACGAAAAGUUCAUCCCUGGGCUCCCAGAACGUCUCUCCUUUGCGGCGUACCAAUCAGUUUCAGGUAUGUCAGAUGAAGAACUUCUUACCCUGCAAAAAUACAAGAUAAAGGCAAUGGAUUCAACAGACACUCUGGAAAGACUAAACAGUGGAAUCGAGUACGUCGAACAUAACAUAGGUAUGAUUGCCGCGAGACUGGCAAUUCAGAAUAUAUGAUCCUCGGUACACAGCUUAGUGAACACUAGUAUACCAUC